AUGAGGAGGAGGAAGAGGAGGAGGAAGCGUGAGACAUCAUCAGGCCAUCAUCAGACCAUCAUCAAGACCAUCAUCAUCAGGCCAUCAUCAAGACCAUCAUCAUUAGACCAUCAUCAUCAGACCAUCAUCAUCAGGCCAUCAUCAUCAGACCAUCAUCAGACCAUCAUCAUCAGACCAUCAUCAGGCCAUCAUCAGACCAUCAUCAGACCAUCAUCAGACCAUCAUCAGACCAUCAUCAGACCAUCAUCAUCAGACCAUCAUCAGACCAUCAUCAUCAGACCAUCAUCAGACCAUCAUCAUCAGACCAUCAUCAGACCAUCAUCAAGGCCAUCAUCAGACCAUCAUCAUCAGACCAUCAUCAUCAGACCAUCAUCAUCAGACCAUCAUCAGACCAUCAUCAGACCAUCAUCAGACCAUCAUCAUCAGACCAUCAUCAGACCAUCAUCAGACCAUCAUCAGACCAUCAUCAUUAGACCAUCAUCAGACAAUCAUCAAGGCCGUUAUCAAGGCCAUCAUCAGACCAUCAUCAUCAGACCAUCAUCAUCAGACCAUCAUCAGACCAUCAUCAGACCAUCAUCAGACCAUCAUCAUCAGACCAUCAUCAGACCAUCAUCAUCAGACCAUCAUCAUCAGACCAUCAUCAGGCCAUCAUCAGACCAUCAUCAGGCCAUCAUCAAGGCCAUCAUCAGACCAUCAUCAUCAGACCAUCAUCAUCAGACCAUCAUCAUCAGACCAUCAUCAUCAGACCAUCAUCAUCAGACCAUCAUCAUCAGACCAUCAUCAGACCAUCAUCAUCAGACCAUCAUCAGACCAUCAUCAGGCCAUCAUCAGACCAUCAUCAAGGCCGUCAUCAGACUAUCAUCAGACCAUCAUCAGACCAUCAUCAGACCAUCAUCAGACCAUCAUCAUUAG